ACAUGGUCAAGCUGUAAGAUGAAGAAUGUACAAGACUAAUAGGAGUUUGCUGUGCAUGUCUACAUCUUUGAGAAGGAUCCCGGAAGGCAUUCCUCAAAAUAUUAAAAAGAUUAGGAUAGAAAACUCUCACCUAACAGAAUUGCCCCGUGGGUCAUUCUCUAAUUCUAGUGCCUUGGAAUAUCUUUGGCUUAAUUUUAAUAACAUCACAGUCAUGCAUUUAAAAAGCCUUGAGUACCUGAAGGAUUUGACCGAGCUGAGAUUGCAGGGAAACAAGAUAAGUUCAAUACCAUGGACAGCAUUUCAAGAUACUCCAGCUUUAAAAAUACUGGAUCUAAAAUACAACAAGCUCGAUGUCCUUCCAGAACAUGCUCUCCGCUACUUGCCUAACCUGACCUACUUAGACUUAUCUUCAAAUCAGCUUACUGUCAUUUCCAAGGAUGUUUUCUAUAACUGGCCUGUGUAUCAAAAAACCCAGCAGCCGGAUAAGAAGGUAGAAGCUAUUUCUAAUGCAGUUUUGGCCUUGCACGAUAACCCAUGGAUAUGUGACUGCCGCCUCCGAGGGUUUGUCCAGUUUAUCAAAUCUGUUAGCCCACCCAUAAUUCUGAUGAAUUCCUAUUUAACUUGUUCAAGUCCUAAAUAUAGGGCGGGAAAGUACUUCCAUGAAGUGGAGCUGAGCACCUGCAUGAAGCCAUCGGUCUCUUCCUUUGAGUCCAAUGUUACUGUAUUUGUUGGACUAAAUGCUACCUUGACCUGUAUGGUGCAGGCCAAUCCUUCCCCAGCAGUCUGGUGGACCUAUAUGCUAAAACACUUACGAGGAUUUAAUGUGUCCACUACCCAUAUCAGUGAAAAUAUGACUAAGUCAGAACUGGUGAUUCCUUCAGCUCACCUUGUGGAUGAGGGUAAUUAUACUUGCACAGCUGCUAAUUUCCUUGGCAACACCUCAACCAUCAUCAUGCUGAAAGUUCAAACCCCCAGAAUGGUGGCUUCUUCCUUCUCUUCCUCCAUCUCAGAGGAGAAUCCAUAUAUUGAUGUGAGGAUCGCCAAGCAGACAGUGUAUGGAAUCACUCUGGAGUGGUAUACAGUGACUGAAAAUCCAGGGGAAACUUGGUAUACCCUCCAUUUUGGAAAGUAUGAUGACUCCAAGAAAGACAUUAUUUACAUUGGCCCCGGCAUCAACAGCUACUCAGUCAAUGACCUGCUUCCUGUCACCAAGUACGAAGUGUGUGUUACUCUGAGGAACCAAAUGCCACAAAAAGGACAAUGCAUUGUGUUUGUUACAGGAAGUGACAUCAGUGAAUUGGAGCAGAGAGAAAAGCUAAUCCACAUCAUCAUCAUUGUGUGUGCCAUGGUGUUGGCUGUUCCUGCUGGGAUGUAUGCAUGUACCACUGAGACCAGGUUUAAUUGCAUGGAGAGAUGUGCCGACCUUUGCCGUAAGAACAGGAAAGGACAAAAUCUUAGAGGAGUCAAUAAGGAGAGCACAUUUGACAGCUUGCCGACUGGCAGCGAAGAAGGGCUGUGCCACCGAGACUCCAGUGAGGGCAAAAAAAAGCCAAAGGUUUCUGAGGACAAGGAGAAAGCCAACAAGCAUGAACCUGAACACAGAAAUAGCGCUGAUCUGUAUUAGCCAAUUUCUGAGCACAAUCCCAUAUUAGAUAAGAGAAAGAUGAAUAUAGGAAGACUGGCAGAAAUAUCCCAGCCAUGCAUUCAGUAGGUCUUUGUGUUACAUCCAUGUCAGCAUGUGAC